AUGCCGGCCCUCGUUAAGGAUUCGAGCUCUAAGAAGCGCAAGAGUGGCAAGUCUGCCAGCGCUCCGUCUUCCAAGCGCCGCGCGGUCGCCGAGGACAAUUUCGCAGAGAAACUGGCAAAGAUUCAAGAGCUAGAGAAUCAAAUUGCGGAGUCGCGAAAGCACUACAACAAUAUCGCGACCCUGAUUUCCAUGCUCAAUGUCGAGAAGUCCGCCGAAACCCCCGAGUUGGCUGUGGCGGUCUCUCUUUGCCGUGUGUUCGGUCGAUUGAUCGCCGGAGGAAAUCUCACCGAGUCCAGCCGGGCCGCCGAGAACGAGAAGAUCGUUGCAGCAUGGCUUAAGGAGCGCUGCAUCGAAUAUCAAAAUGCACUUCUGGCUAUUAUGCGUCAGGCCGAUCCCUCCUCCCAGAUCACUGCUCUUACGCUGAGCAUGCGCCUUCUCAAGGAACGGAUCGCUCAUAUUCCCGGCGCAGAGAACAACGUCUGGUCAACCGGAUUUUUCAAGGAAAUCUUCACGGCGGUGGUUGAAGCCCACAGUGGCCAGGAUCUGCAGUCCGAGUUCCUCAUCAAGUUCGUGAAGGAGUUUGAGGACGUGCGAUACUACACUUUCGCCCAGAUUGGUGAUUAUGCCUCUACGAAACGAUCUUCGGAAACCCUCGAAACCCUCAUCACAAUCCUCCAGACCUGCGACGCUGUGCCUGGGCCAGAGUACAAGUUCGAAAAUUUCUACGCGAAACGAGACACCAAGAACAAGCGAGUGGUCUCGGCCAACUCGCACAAGAAGCAGGCCCAAGAGGCAUGGCUGGCCAUCCUACGAAACAACCUCUCACAAUCGCAGCGCAAGGGCCUCCUGCGCAUGAUGGUGCACAACAUUGAGCCAUGGUUCCAACGGCCGGAACUGCUUAUGGACUUCUUGACCGAUUCCUACAACGUCGGAGGAGCCACCUCCCUCCUGGCUCUGUCCGGUCUCUUCUAUCUGAUCCAAGAGAAGAACCUGGACUACCCCCAAUUUUACACAAAACUCUACUCCCUGCUGGAUGCCGACCUCCUGCACUCGAAGCAUCGCUCACGAUUCUUCCGCCUCUUGAACACUUUCCUGUCCUCCACCCAUCUUCCCGCCACCUUGGUUGCCAGUUUCAUCAAGCGUCUCUCUCGCUUGGCACUCAACGCCCCUCCCUCCGCUAUCGUUGUUAUCGUGCCGUUCAUGUACAACUUUUUCAAAAGCCACCCUACCACUUCAUUCAUGCUCCACAGAUCCAUUCGCGACAAGGAAGAACUUGCCGAGGUGGAAAGAGAAGGCAUGGACGAUCCAUUCGACCCCAAUGAGUCAGAUCCUAACCUGACGGACGCCAUUGAGAGCAGUUUGUGGGAGAUUGAGACUCUCCAAUCCCACUUCCACCCCAACGUGGCUGCCAUUGCCCGCAUCAUCUCUGAGCAGUUCACAAAACAGUCAUACAGUUUGGAAGACUUCCUGGACCACACCUACCAGGGUAUGGUGCAGGCCGAGCUUGGUGUGGAGGAGAGGAAUCUGAAGAAGCUUCCCGUGGUCGAAUACCAGAUUCCCAAGCGUAUCUUCACUGAUCGCCUAUUAGAGGAAGAUGGUGGAGUGGAUUCCGGGGCAGGGUGUUUCAUGCGUGGGUUGUGGGAGUUCUAA